GUGGCACGUACGUUCCCAGCUUCCGGUCGAAGUGUAAAUGGAUACAUGACACAGUUGUUUGGGAAGGAAGGCUUAUUCUUCAGAAAAGCGCAAACGUUCGUGAAAGCUACCGACACGCUUUUGACAUCGUAGCGGCUGACAGUCGUGUGUGGAGCCGGCCGCGAUGGAGGCGGUUCCCCGGAUGCCGAUGAUCUGGCUGGAUCUGAAGGAGGCAGGGGAGUUCCAGUUCAGCCCGUCCGUGAGGCAGUUCAUCUUAAAGAACUAUGGAGAGAAUCCGGACAACUACAAUGAACAGAUGAAGAAGUUGGAGACACUGCGGCAGAGCGCGGUGAAUGUGACGAGGGAUUUCGAGGGAUGCAGCACGCUGAGGAAGUACUUCGGUCAGCUGCAUUACCUCCAGAGCCGGGUGCCCAUGGGAACGGGCCAGGAGGCGGCUGUACCCAUCUCAUGGACUGAAAUUUUCUCUGGAAAAACGGUUACGCAUGAUGACAUCAGCUAUGAACAAGCCUGCAUCCUCUACAAUCUUGGGGCUCUGCACUCCAUGCUGGGAGCCAUGGAUAACAGGGUGUCUGAGGAGGGGAUGAAGGUUUCCUGCACCCACUUCCAGUGUUCUGCUGGAGCAUUCUCUUACCUGAGAGACAAUUUCAGCCACAACUUCAGUGUGGACAUGAGCCACCAGAUCCUUAACCUCAACAUUAACCUUAUGCUGGGUCAAGCGCAGGAGUGUCUCCUAGAGAAGUCCAUGUUGGACAACAGGAAGAGUUUUCUGGUUGCUCGCAUCAGUGCUCAGGUGGUGGAUUAUUAUAAAGAGGCCUGCAGGGCUCUGGAAAAUUCGGAGACGGCUUCCAUGCUGGGAAAGAUCCAGAAGGACUGGAAGAAACUGGUUCAGAUGAAGAUCUACUACUUUGCUUCCAUUGCACAUCUUCAUAUGGGAAAACAGGCUGAGGAACAACAGAAGUAUGGAGAGAGGUUGGCAUACCUGCAGAGCUCCAUGGAUAAACUCAAUGAAGCCAUCAAGUUGGCCAAGGGUCAACCAGACAGUGUGCAAGAGGCCUUGAGGUUCACUAUGGAUGUUAUUGGUGGAAAGUUUAAUUCAGCCAAAAAGGAUAAUGACUUCAUCUAUCACGAGACAGUUCCUUCUCUGGAAACUCUGGCCUCAGUCAAAGGUGCUCCACUGGUGAAAGCUCUACCCGUCAACCCCACUGACCCCACUGUCACCGGACCAGACCUGUUUUCCAAGUUGGUGCCUAUGGCUGCCCAUGAAGCAUCGUCUCUGUACAGCGAGGAGAAGGCCAAGCUGCUGAGGGACAUCAUGGCCAAAAUAGACAGCAAGAAUGAAACACUAGAGCAGUUCAUGGACUCCUUGGGCUUGGAGCCAGAAUCGGUGGACAAUCUGGACAUGUACAGUCAUAUACCCCCGGUCCUGAUGGAGAAAUGUGCUGCACUCAGUGUUCGACCCGACACUGUCAAGAGCCUCAUUCAGUCCAUGCAGGUCCUCUCGGGGGUCUUCACUGAUGUGGAGUCUUCACUGAAGGAGAUCAGAGAUGUCCUGGAGGAAGAUGAGGCUGGCGAGCGAGCUCUCCAGGAAGUUGGUGGCCCCACUGUAGGCGACGCACACCCGGCCGUGCAGGGCCAGGCUCUGGCUGAGAUCCGCAGGGACCUGGAGAAGUACAUGGAGGCCCACGAGAAGGCCAGUUUCACCAACACAGAGCUCCACCGGGCCAUGAAUCUACACAUCAGCAAUUUGCGUCUCCUGGGUGGGCCAUUGGAAAGUCUAAGAGACGCCCUGCCCCGACCUGAGCUCAGUGAAGAGGAAGUAGCAGGGCUGCAGUGCAUGAAGCGGAUACUUGGGAAGGUGCAGGAAAUGAGGGAACAGAGAGGCUCUCUGGAGAAACAGCUCCGUGAUCUCAUCCAGCAGGACGACAUCACCUCCACGCUAGUCACUACAGACAGGGCUGACAUGAAGCGUGUAUUUGAGGACCAGCUGAAGAAAUAUGAACAGGUGAAAGUGUACAUUGACCAGAACCUGGCAGCUCAGGAGAACAUCCUGAAGGCCCUGACCGAGGCUAAUGUCCAGUAUGCCUCGGUUCGGAAGGGCCUAAGCCAGACUGAGCAGCAGUGGAACAGCACUGUCCAGGGCCUGGUGGGCUCAUAUGAAGCCUAUGAGGACCUGAUGAAGAAAUCACAGGAGGGGAAGGAGUUCUACGACGACUUGGAGGCCAAAGCGUCUCGUCUGCUGGAGAGAGCAAAGAUCUUGUGUCAGACCAGAUCAGAGGAGAGGAAGCCCAUCCUGGAAAGAGAAACCCAGAAAAAGACCCCAGCACGGCCUACAGCAGCAAAGCCUUCCCUGAUGCCAAAGGCUCCAGAUACCGACUCUGCCUGUUCAAGCCUUGAAGACCCAGAGUUGGCCCAGUUCAGUGCAGCCAUCUUGGCUUUGGGUGGUGACCUACCUGAGGAGCUCCGCAGCCUCCCCCCUGACAUUCCUUCCCUCCCCACCACUCGUCACCCUUGUCCUGAAUCCUUUGUCCCCCCCAGUGCUAAUCUGGGUGGUAGCAGCUCUCUGCCAUGGCCUGGAGCUCCAGCAGCUGGUCUUCCUCGAUUCUUUGCCAACCUGCCUCCUCCAGAACUUUUGGCAAGGAUUGCUCAGUUUCCUACUUCAGGGGGUCAAUCAAUGCAGGGACCUCUGCCACGUGGACCCCUCCCUCAUAUGACUCCACAGAUUCCUCCACAAAUGGCACCCCAAACAACAGUAGCGGGUUAUCGACCACCUGCUCCUCAAGUUCCCCAACCUGGCCAUGUUGCCCCUACAUCAGUCCGACCCGCAACCACCACUGUUGACAGCAUCCAGGCCCCGAUCCCCAGCAACGCCCCAACACAUCUUCAUACAGUUCUACCUGCAGCCACAGCUGGCUAUGCAGUGCCACCACAGAUGGGUGCCUAUCCUCAUUUCAUGCCACAACCAGGGAUGCCCAUUCAAGGCCCAAGCCAAACACCUGCAUCUCAAUCACAGCAGCAGAAGCAUCCACAGCAGUACCCCCACUCUACUGGGCAACCAAUGCUGCAGGGCCACCAGCCUGGACCAAGGGUUUUUCCCAGCCAUCACAUUCAGAUGCAGCAAGCUUUUCCACAGAGAUAUAUGCCCCCACACACUGCUGGUGUUCCUCCCCAGUACCAACAUGCAUUCCCAGGUCAGCUGCAACCACAUCAACAGAAUGGCUUUCAGCCACAGAUACCCCAAGGUUAUCAGCCUCGACAUGGCUUUUUACCCCAGCAACACCCACAGAUGACACCAGGCUCCUUGCCAAGGCCAUCUCAGGCCCAGAUGCCACCUCAGACUGUACACCCACAAAUACCUGCAACUUCUCAGCCAGCACCCCCUGUAUCUCAGCCCUACCUGCCCCAUCCCAACCAACAAAUGCCUAUGGGUCUCCCCCACCAACACAUGCUACCACAACAGCAGCAAAUCUCAAUGCCCCCCACUUCCCAGCCGGUUCCACCCCACCCUCAGAUGCAGAUAGGAAGUGGUCCCAGAGCACAGAUGCCCCCCACAAGUCAGCCAAUGCCACCAGUCUCACAAAACUACAUGCCCCAGACGAGUCAACCCAUUCACCCUACCCUGCAUCCACAGAUGCCUCCUGCCUCACAACCUCAUAUGGUUCCUGGUCCUCAGGUCCACUUGCCCAGGGGCCCCAAUAUGCCUCAAAUUCAUCCUGGACAGCCUCCUAUUCCAAACAUGGCACAGCAGCCUAUCCGGAUGCCCAUCCAGCCCCAAACUCAACCCCCUCAUUCUGGGGGAGUUUGCUACCCAGGAGGGGCUCCAAUGAUGCCUCAGCAGCCCCUGGCACCACAACCUUUGGCCCCCCAACAACCUCAUACUGCUCUUCCUAUGACUCAUCCACAGCCUUCUAAUAUUUACCCUUCACCUCCAGGACCUAAUGUACCUCCAGCUGCUCCACAGCAACCCACUGUCAUGAGCCCACAUGGUCCUCAUGUUCCCUCUUCUCAACACAUGAUCCAACCUUCACUUGUUGGUCCUUCAGCAACUCAACCACCCAACACCAUCCCUCCUUCUCCUUCCCCUUCCCCCUCUCCGGCACCUUCUCCAGGUCCUGCCUCUUUAGGUUUGAACCCCCAGCAGAGACCCACACUGACCCCCACCCCUGGAGGCACAGUGCCACCCGCUCUACCUUCUCCCUCAGCUGUCUCUCCCUCCACUUCGCUGUUUCAACGCCAGAAUUCAAGCACAGAUGACCUUCUCUCCUCGAGCCCUGAGAGCCAACCUGGAGGCACUAAGGCACCCACUAAUGUCCUCCAGCCAACUAAAGCUGACCCACAGGAUGGAGAGCGUCGCAAGAAGAGCUCCCAGGGAGUUCUCCUGAUCCAGGGUGACCCGUAUCAAGCACCAGAGUGUGUCGCCCGGCUUCAUAGUGAACUGGAACGUUAUAGAGCCCAAGUUGAUUCCCUGGAGCACCCCUCAGAGAUUGAGGGUGGCCUGUCAGUACUGGAUGCUCGAUGGAAAGAGCUUCAGGACCAGCAGGAGAAGGACGCUCGCCAGCUCUCCAUUGCCAUCGCCCGCUGCUACACCAUGAAGAACCGUCACCAAGACGUCAUGCCCUAUGACCUCAACCGUGUGGUGCUUCAGUCAGGCAAAGAUGAUUACAUCAAUGCCAGCUACGUGGAGGACUUGUCCCCGUACUGCCCACGCCUUAUUGCAACACAAGCUCCCCUCACUGGCACAGCAGCGGACUUCUGGCUGAUGGUUUAUGAGCAGAAGGUGUCACUGAUCGUCAUGCUGGUGUCGGAGCAGGAGCUUGAAAAGGGAAAGGUCCUGCUCUACUUCCCAACAGAGCGUGGCCAGCAGCUCUCUCAGGGACCAAUUACGCUCAGCUUGACCACGCAGAAGAUGACGCCGACACACGUGGAGCGAAUGAUCAGCCUUCAGUACAGAGACCAAAGCCUGAAACGCACCGUUGUCCAUCUGCAGUUCACGUCCUGGCCAGAGCUGGGUCUCCCUGACAGCAAGAGCAACCUGCUACGUUUCAUCCAGGAGGUUCAUGGACACUACCUCCACCAGAGGCCCUUACACACUCCUAUUGUGGUACACUGCAGCUCGGGUGUUGGGCGCACUGGUGCCUUCUGUCUGCUGUACGCGGCCCUGCAGGAACUGGAGGCUGGAAAGGGGAUCCCUGAACUUCCACUGCUGGUGAAGAAGAUGAGACAGCAAAGGAAGAACAUGCUACAGGAAAAGCUCCACCUGAAGUUCUGCUAUGAGACGUUGCUGAAGCAUGCAGAGAAUGUCCUUCAGCGUCACGGCAUCACUACUGCCGCUUGCAGCAAGAACACCAACUCUGCAGCCACAAAGGUUUGUCAUCUGGAAAAUGUGACAAAAAAAUUUUUUGGCUAA